GCAGCGCAUCACCGCCGAACUUUUCCCCAACCCCCAGCCUAGACUCCCAUCACCAGAGCCACCAUGAUCCCCACGGCACGGUGUCUCGCCGCAAAGCCCGCGGGCUUCUUCAAGCGCAGCGCAGAGGAAUUGGGCCGGCUGUCCAGAAUCGCCUGGAACACCGAGGCCCUCCAAACCCCCACCAAACCGUACUACCUCCUCGACUUCGAAGAUGAGUCGUCUAUCGCCGGCUGCAAGACCAUGGCCGAUCGUGCUGUCGGCGGCUACAGCACCGCCAGUCUCGAUUACGUCCCUGCCGACCCGGCAACCAACAGUCCGGCCCAUGCCCGCUUCCAUGGCAGUAUCUCGACCCAGUUGCCCCGGAAUUGGCGCGUUGAGAGGACCGGCUACGCGGCCUUCCGCAACCUCGACCGCGGCCUCUGGCUCUUCGGCCGUCUAUACUGGGACGUCGAUCCAUACACAUACCUCGCUCUGCGGGUGAAAUCCGAUGGCCGUCGAUACACCGUCAACCUGCAGACGGACUCGAUCGUCGAGACAGACAUCCACCAACACAGACUCUACACGCGACACCACCGCGUGCAGGAAACCUCCCCCACCGAUGACCCCCACCCACACUCCCACUCCAACUCCAACUCCAACUCCAUCCCCUCCGCCCUCUCCGACGUCCCCCCCUCCUCCACCAUCUUCAGCUCCAGCUCCAGCGCAACAACCUCCGGCUCCACCGGCUGGGAAACCAUCCUCCUCCCAUUCAACUCUUUCGUGCGCACGAACCACGGGAUGGUCGUUGAGCCGCAGACAUCCAUCAUCCGGAACCGGGUGAAGAGUGUCGGGAUUGGGUUGACGGAUCGGGUCGAGGGGCCGUAUGAUUUGCGGAUUCAUCGUAUUUGGGCGACUAAUGGGCUGAGUGAGGGCGAGGCGGAGGAGGAGAAGAGGAUUUGUGGCGCGGAGGCGUUGCCUGUCGAUGAGGGGGUUAGGACUGGGUGGAUGGGCGAUUUGAGUGCGCAGGCGAGGAAUCGCGUCGAUGGGAAGCCGAAGACGAAGGGGUUGAGGGGGUUGAAGGAUGAGUGGGAUUGA